CUUUGUUUCAGCUGAUUCAGAAGACAUAAUGCCAGUGAACUACACAUCCCUCAAUUUCAUAAAUAAAGCAAUACUGGCUCCAAUGGUGCGGGUUGGGACCCUGCCGAUGAGGCUCUUGGCUUUGGAUUAUGGUGCUGAUAUAGUGUACUGUGAGGAGCUGAUUGACAUAAAGAUGCUUCAGUGCAAAAGAAUUGAAAAUGAUCUCCUUGGAACUGUGGAUUUUGUUGCUCCCAAUGAGAGGGUUGUGUUCAGGACUUGUGAAAGGGAAAAAGACUGUGUUGUCUUUCAAAUGGGCACAGCUGAUGCUGAGAGAGCCUUGGCAGCAGCCAGACUUGUAGAGAAUGAUGUCGCUGGCAUUGAUGUUAACAUGGGAUGCCCCAAAGAAUAUUCCACGAAGGGAGGAAUGGGAGCCGCGCUCUUGUCUGAUCCUGACAGAAUAGAAUCUAUUCUGACCACUCUCGUCAAUGGUGUGUCUAGGCCGAUAACCUGUAAAAUCCGAAUUUUGCCAUCAAAAGAAGAAACUAUAAAAUUAGUGAAGAGGAUAGAGCAGGCUGGAGUUGCUGCUAUUGCCGUUCAUGGAAGGAAGAAGGAAGAGAGGCCUCAGCACCCUGUCCAGUGCGAUGUGAUCAAAGCCAUCUCCGAGUCAGUUUCGAUACCAGUAAUAGCCAAUGGAGGAUCCCAUGACUUCAUCAAAGAAUAUGCCCAUCUCAGGACCUUCCAGGAGGCAACUGCAGCAUCCUCAGUAAUGGUUGCCCGGGCUGCCAUGUGGAACCCCUCUGUCUUCAGGAAGGAAGGUGCUUUGCCCCUGAAGGAUGUCAUGCAGGAAUAUAUCAAAUAUGCAGUGAGAUAUGAUAACCAUUACACCAAUACAAAGUAUUGUUUGUGCCAGAUGUUAAGGGAGCAAUUAGAAAAUGCACAAGGAAAGAAGUUACACGCAGCACAAUCUUUGCAGGAAAUCUGCGAAGCUUUUGAGAUGAGUAGUUUCUUCCAAGAAGCAUCCGAUUUUCUGGAGAAGAAAAAAGUUUCACUACAAGACAAGAACCAAAAUAAUGACGAUCUCACUGAAGACACUGAUGUCAUCAAGAUGGCAGUUAGAUUUGAUAAACGAGAGUAUCCCCCACAAAUUACACCUAAAAUGUAUCUUCUGGAAUGGUGCAGGAAAGAAAAACUUCUUCAGCCUGCCUAUGAAACAAUUGAAAGACCAUGGGAUAGACUGUUCUGUUCUGUUGUGACGGUGGCAGAGCAAAAGUACAGCUCAACCUUGUGGGAAAAAUCCAAGAAACUAGCAGAACAAGCUGCAGCUAUUGCCUGUUUAAGAACUCUUGGCCUCCCAGAAGGAAAACGGAAUGAAAAUACAAAUCACACCUUGCUUAACAAACGCAAGAGGCAAGACCAGGAACUUUUGAACUGUGGUGAACACGGAGACAGCUUUGUGAUGGAAGCUCUUUGCAAGAAACCUCAUUUUCUUCCCAAAGCAUCUCUUUGCAAUGGUUCCUAAAGACCACGCUAUGCUCACUGGUGUUUUACAACUAUGCAGCGUCCCAAUUUCCACCCACAUCUCUGCCCUUUAUUUUUCUUGGGUGCAAUCAGGUGGAACAGGUAAAUUUGAAUUUUGAUUCAUAUUACUUGGGAUAGGCAUUGCAUUUCUUACAGCUUUUCUUUUGUGCCUUUUAAUUGGGACAAUUAAGCUAAAUGAGAACUUUGUCUCCAUGUCAAAUUCUCUUACACCAGGGGUCCCAUUCUUUUCAGGCUCUGGUUGUCACCAUGCAGGCAUUCCUAAAAUUCUUUAUUUAGAUUGCCUGCAAUCUCGCCAGAUCAUUAAAUCUUGCAAGAUACUGGCUCUCUUAAUCUGACCAUCUAGUGUUUUUGACCUGAAAUCUCAUGAAUGCAUGAUGUUUCAAUAUUUUUAAAAUUGAACUAUGUUGCUUGCACACACUGCAGGGUGGCAGGGGGAACACACCUCACGGUGCCUACAAAUGCCACGUUGCUGACUCUGUCUGAGGGUUAGUGGGGAAGAUGGAAGCUUAAUUCUGAAUUGUCCUGAUUGGAGCUUAUCUCAGAAUUUAAUACUUGGUUUACAGCUGAUUCUUCUCUAGGGGAAGAAAUGGGUGAUAUAAGCAAAAAAAAAAUGUACAGCUUGUUUAAUGCCAGAUUUUGGGGUACAGACUAGUGAUUCCCCUAAUACUAAUUUUAUCAAAGGAGGGCAAGUGACCAGAACGGAUCUAGAAACCCUGUUCCAUUCUUUUGUUCUUACAUUCUGCAGGGCAUAAUGAUUUUAAAUAAUACGGAAUUGUGACACUUUGAAUCUGCAUUACAAACAGUGGUCCUUUCAUUAUUUGUCUGUAAGUAACAAUAAAACGGCAUGUCAUCUCCUGAGCUCUGA